GUCGUGACAACGAAGAAAACAAUAUGGCAGCCCCCUUGGAUUAUUUUGAAUGCGGGGGCUAAACAUUUGUCGAGAUGAUUUAACAUUAAAACAAUUACUUUGUUUUUGUUCAUCUGAUGAACUUUGAAGUUAAAAUUAUAAAAAGUAAAAGAAACAAAACUCCAAAAACUCCCAACAAAAUGUAUGCAAACAUGAAACCAGAGACCGUGAAGGUGCCCUCCCACUUUCCAUGUGCGGCUCGAGUCAAGAUGCCUCAGCUCGGAUCGGAGGACUCAGAGAUCAAAAUAAGGAGACAAGCCCCAAGAUCGACCCUGAUGCUGUACCAAUCUACGGACAUGUCGAAAAUGCCUGUACAGGAUUCCUACUUGAAACGAAUCAGCUCUGGGCUUGUCUUUGAGGAAGAUGUUGUGAAGGAUCGGUGUUUCCAUACACUGCCCUAUGAUUCCAAGUACUUCUGGGAAGUGCUGUCUUUAGAUGGCCUUGUUCCUUUGCCACCAAAAGCAAGGAUUCCAGUAGGUCGACACAACACACGAGGGCCGGAUGUGAGGCAUAUUCCGUGUGGAUUUACAAAAAUCACCAAAGGUCACCAGCUGAAGCCGCUGAAGAGGAAGAUCAUGGAGAAGGCGAUGCAGAUGCAUCAGGAUGCGCUGAUGGCAGGGAUGAUGGAGGAAACUAAACCCCAGGGGGAUGAGAUGGAGAAGCUAGAAGAUGAAGAUGUUUCACCUGAAGGUGCAGUGUUUAUGACCGAGGUCUCACAAGAGCAGCCAAAAGCCAAACCUCAGCUGAAAGAACCUUCUGAGAGAGCUGCAAAGAAGGUGACGUAUCGCCCACAAAAGGAUGAAGAUCCCAUAUCAGCUUCUGUCAGUCCGAGUAAGUUAACACAGAGUUCAACUGAAGCACAACUACCAUCAUUCGCAACCAGAAACGACUGGGAUGCCUAUCUGUUGUCCAUUUUGAGUCCUCUGACAGCGAAUUGGGUGGUCCAUGAGAGGAUGUCCCCUUCAGAUGAGCAGGAAAAUCUGAGUAAAGUGUUAUCGGAUUGGUAUGGUCAGCCUGACCACACAGACCUGGUGAGGGACGAUGUGAGCAUCACAGACAUGGAAUUGACACCCAAGAAAGACAAGAAGACAAAGAAGGUCAAGAAGGAGAAGCAGCUGACGUUCUUUGAAAAGAUUAAAGCUGAGGUCCCCAAGCGUGCAGUUGAUCCUUAUUCUGAUGACAACCAAGCGCCAUUCUACCGGCAACCUGCAGGUCUGCGACGCCAGCGGAAGACAGAGGAGAAGGAAGAAGCAGUGGCAGCUUUGGGCGCAAUCAACAGCACGGCACAUGGGAUCGCAGUCAAGUCGUACCAGCCGUCACCGCCGCCAACCCUCCGAGACUUCAUCAAUCCUGCAGUCGGAGACAAGAUGUUUGACACGGACAACAUGUACCAGCAGGAAUGGCUUACAGGUGCCCAGCAGGUGUACUGCCCAUCUGACCAGGGCAAGAUUGUGAUGGAGAAUGACAACAAGUACAAGAAACAGCUUCAGAAGGAGUACCCCCACUCUCCACGGUGCUGGUUCCCUGAGCCUGACACAGAGGUCAAGGUCACACAGGAUCCUGACAAGACCAAGGUCAAAAAAGGUCUCCGACGAUGGAAGGAGCUCCCAGAGCCUGUGGAUGACACAGCCGAGGUCCUGAACAUUGUUCCCCCAGGCUAUGACCCCGAGUUCCACCGAUCUCCCGACCCCACCACAAGGAAAAUCACCAAACUGAAUGCUUCCCUCAUGCAGAUCAUUGGAGAGUGGCGGUCAAAGUGGCACCUAAGUGGUCAGUUUGCGGACAGCAGUCCGAUGGACCUGAUCCGGGACAUGGCGGACAUUCAGCCCCACGUGAGACUGAAGGCUGUGUCCACGGUGGGGAAAGCGGCCGAGUAUAAGCCCCCAGAAGAGGCGGGCAUUCAACUUGAGUACCAGGACAGGCAGACAGUGACAUCCAGCCACCUGCCGGACGAGGUCUUCAUCGCACUCAACUACCUCCUGGACGACGAGCAUGACCGUGUACAGAAGGCAGCCGCCAUUACACUCUACUCUUUGAAUCAUCCCUCGGAGAAGGCUGAGGCCAUCCUGCGGGACACUCUACAGGGGGAGAAUGGUGUUGACCGCUGGGCAGCUGCUCAGUGUCUGGCCCACUUUGGUGUGUGUGACUCGGACGUGGUAGGGGAGAUAAUCAAGCAGCUCCUGGACACCGAGGACUCCAUCAAACACGAACGGGCCAUCAUGCUCCUGUCCAAGAUCAGCUACAACUCGACUCUGGUUCACUCCCUGGUGGCCGAACAGCUCAACAGCACCAGCUGGAGACACAAGGUGAUCGCCUGCAAGAUCCUCCCCACGCUUCACGGAACCAUCAACAGGGACAUCACCAACAAGCUGUCGGAGCUGAUGUGGAGUGACUGGCACAAUGACGUGCGGAAGGCAGCAGCUCAUUGUCUCGGGAAAACCCAACAUGGCCGGGACGUCCACGAUGAUCUGAAAGACCGGAUUGGCUCCACUAAUGAACGAGUCCGUCUUGAGGCUGUCAGUAGGAUUGGACAACUGGGGAUAAUGACAGCCAAACUCCUGCCAGUGUUUCUCAAGUGUUUUGAUGACCCCUACGUGUCGAUCCGUGUAGAGACGUGUAUCACAAGCGGAAACCUGGAAAUUACGGACUACCGCGUCCUGGAGAAGUUGGUGUACCUUGCCACCUAUGACCCCAUCUGGAAGGUCAAGGCCCUUGCCAUUCAAGCCCUGGGGUGUAUUGGCAGGAUCAACGAGGACAUCAAGGAGUGUCUGAUGUGGUCGUUGCGGUACGAGGAGCAGGAAGGGGUGAGGGCGGAGGCGUGUCACUCGCUGGUUACCCUGGGUCAGAGGGAUGAGGAGUUUGUGGAGGUGUUGCAGGACAGACUGCUGGUGGAGACGUCGCAGAUUGUCAGAGACGAGAUCGUUGAGGCGCUGCGUCGUAUGGGGGUCAGCACUACGGAGGACAUGGACAUGGUCACACAGAUCAAGGGAGAGGUCCGCAAACUGUGCAACCGUGACGUCAUCGCCUCCCACAUCAUGGUCAACGAGAUGGAUGACAACCGCAAGGAGAACCUCAAACGCAUGAUCUACGAGACAGACAAGGAACUUGAGCGCUACUUCAAACAUAGCAACUUCUUCCUCAACCUCAUCAGUAGGUCUGACUUUGACAGCAGGCUUCAGAUCAUGCGCAGUUCCGCAACUAAAGAGAGGCUUCAUAAGGAGCACCAAGCUAAGAAGGAGAGGGCUCUCAAGCGAAUCCAAUGCUUGAGCCGAUGGAGCACGCAGCAACCUACCACGACUGGAUCGAGAACAUCCUCGGCUGCUGUUAGUCGAGAAGGAACGAUGUUCACCCCCUCAGCAGAUAAAGAACUGGAGGCUCUAAUGUCCCCAGAAGAUACAAAGGAGGAUCUAAGUGAUGAAGCAGCCAGGACCAUUGAAUCGGUCACCACCAAGUCCAGAGUGGACACGGUCACAGCCACCUCCGUCUCCCGACCUGGCACAUCCGGGACUCAGACGGACAGUCAAAUUUCCGAGGUGGGAGAGGAGAGUGACCAAAGCAGACUGGUCAAGUCCAGGACAGAGGACAGCGAUGGGGAGUAUCUUAGUGGUGGGACUCCAGGCAGUGCCCAGGUGGAUGGUCUUUUGAGUAAGAGAGAUCAUGUGGAGAGUGUAUCAGAUCAUGAUGGUCCUGGAUCCGCUGGUUUGAAUGUUGCUGUUAAUUUGGCACUUUCUUCUGUUGAUAUCCGAGCAUCUCGACUCAGUUUUAUUGGUCCUUCCACCGAGAGGAAAGCUCAGCUGUCAAGCAGAGACGCUACCAACGAAAGGCAGAAGGUCACUGCGGGAGCUUUGAGUACAUAUAAGGGUUUGGAGUCAAGGUAUACUUGUUAUGAUGUAGAUCUGACGGCCAUUGAUAGUGGAUUGAAUACAGCAAUGGUGAAUGAGAAAGAAUCUGAACGAUCACAGAGCCAGCAAUAUGGAAAGGUCAUAGCAUCAAUUGUGAUUUCAUCCUCAGACAGUGAACCAGCAAUCACGGAAGUAUGUGCAGGGGAACAGGAGGUAAAGGAUGGGGCUCCCACUGCUGUUAAGGACAAGGAGCUUGACUCUGUAGAUGCUGCAGUGGUUAUAGUGGUGUCAGGGGCCUCCAGGACAGAUCUAGAUCCUGGAACUAAAGAUAAAGUUGCUGGAUCAUCAGAAGUAGAUUCAGAUCGCGUUGUUCGCAUAGAGGUGACAGGGCCAGAUGAGGGACAAGCUGUUGUGGGAGAGGUGAGAGCAGGGGACACAUCAGCUGCUGAUGCAGAACCAAUUGGUCAGGAUGCUACUGGUGAUGAUUCUGAGCAUAUUGAAGUUUCUCUUCCAGAUGGAUCUCCAACAGAAGGUUCUCAAGGAGCAGGACAUCUUGUGACAGGUUCUCCAACAGAUGCAUCAGUGGAGAUUGUGAUCACUUCCUCUUCCCCUCACGAUCAGACUGCUGAAUAAUAGACUCGUUGUUCACACUGUAGUAGUGCUGUGAUGCUAACCUCUACCCCUUCUGCUGUUAGGUGGCUGAUAACUGAUUGUGUUUUCUUGUGUAAAUAUUUGAAAGCAAAUAUUUAAGAAAUUUUAUUUUUAGAAUAUCUUAUUGUACCAACACUGUGUCAAUGAAUGUUCCUUAACACGGGUCAUGAAACGCCAGUGAAUUUGUGAAAUAAUUCAACUUUGUAUUUUAUGAAGAAAUAGGUCGAAAGAUUUAUCCAUUUUGCAUUAGGUAACAGCAUUAAAAUAUUAUAUAUGUAUUUUCUGUAAAUACAGAUGAGAAUAUAUAGAUUGUUUUCUGAGUAUUAUGUUUGCAAAGUAAAUAACUUAUGCUUGUUGCUCCUUUUUGUCAAUAUAUUUAAAGAGAAGCCUUCUGCCAAAAGAAAUUUGAUUCUGCUUUAGAAUACAGUUAAGCAUACUGUAUCAUCUUCCAGUGAUGUGCCCCGAGCCCUCCUCCCUUAGUGUACAGCUGUGUAUUACAAUAAAUUUUUUACCCUGUUGAUCUGUGAUAUUAUAAAUGUUGUCGUUUUUGUGAAUAUAGCAGUAUUGAACUAU